UCUGAACUUCGCCGCCAACGACGAAUAGCUGAACGCGAAGCCUUUACAACAUGUUUCGCAUGCCGUGAAAAAGGCCAUGCAGCCAGGAAUUGCCCCAAGACAAAGAUCCAAGGCUCGGAUGGGAAGACAGGGAAGAACGUCGUCGGUAUCUGUUAUAGAUGUGGCUCGACCAAGCAUACUUUAUCUAGGUGUAAAAAACCCUCAGAUCCAUCGAGUCCUCUUCCUUUUGCUUCCUGCUUCGUCUGCAGUGGCCAAGGACACCUAGCCUCGUCCUGUCCUCAGAACAAGCAAGGAGUGUAUCCGAAUGGAGGGUGCUGCAAACUUUGUGGAGACACCUCUCACCUUGCGAAGGACUGCGCGCUCAGGAAGAAAGGUUGA